AGUGGAGCAUGCCCAGCCUAUCCCACGGAGCUGGCCUUCGCUCUGGACACAUCUUCAGAUGUCACUCCUCCUUUAUUUGAAAGGAUGAAGAAAAUUGUAAUUAAUUUCCUGCAGGAUAUUAACAUCGCUGAAAACAACUGUCCCACAGGUGCCCGCGUAGCUGUUCUUACUUACCAUAAUGAAGCAAAGCCUUUCAUUCGAUUUUCAGACUUCAGGAAAAAACAGUUACUUCUGAAAAAAAUUGAAGAAAUAGGUCGUGAACGAUCCAGCAAGAAACGGAAUAUGGGGAACAGUAUGCAGUUUGUGGCCAGAAAUACUUUUAAGCGAGUUCGUAAUGGUGUCCUUGUGAAGAAAAUAGCCGUGUUUCUCGCUAAUGGAGCAUCCAAAGACACAAAGGCCAUUUCUGUAGCUGCCACACAUUUCAGUGCUUCAAAUAUCAUGCCAGUUAUCAUUUCAUUCAAAGACAUCCCUGAAGUGAAGCGGGCUUUUAAGGUUGACAUUGAAGCAUCAGCUAAGGUGAUUGUAUUGCCAAGGCAGCAACAAGAAUCCAAGAAAUUGUUACGCAGAGUCAUCCAGUGCACACUUUGCCUUGAUGAAUGUGAACCAAACAUCACGUGUCUGGCAGACGUACAGCCAUCUCCUCUACCUGUGAACCUGGAUUUAGCUUUUGUUGUUGAUGAUUCAGAACAAAUGGAAUCCAUGUAUUCAGAAACUGUGCAGAAUUUCUUAAAUUCCAUGCUUAACACAUUUCUAAAGUCCGCAGAACCAAAAGCUUCUGAACUUCAUCCCAGUGUGGCUAUUGUACAACACACUCCAAAUUACACACCGAGAUAUGGGAAAGACCAACACAGAAUGGAAUUUGCAAUUUUGGAUUAUAAUACAAAAACACUAAAGAAGAGACACAUCCAAGACAUAGUCAGUCAGCCAAAGGGUUCUUCUGGCAUUGGCAGCACUAUUGAAUGGAGCCUGAAGAAUUUCUUCUUGAAUAUCACCAAUCAGCAGACUCACAAGGUUAUCUUUACAAUAUUUUCGGGUGAAACUAAUAUGGAUAAUUGGAAGUUACUGGAAGUAUCACAUGAAGCUAAGUGUAAAGGCUUUGCAGUAUUUGCAUUGGUCCUUGGAGAGGUAGCGAACACUACAAUUCUGGAAGAGUUUGUCAGUUUCCCUUUUGAGCAACAUUUAGUUUACCUGGACAAAGGCCUGGAGGCUGAAAUAGAAUAUGCACAGAAGUUUGCAGUGGCUUUUCUGAAAAGCCUGGCAACUGGAAUCAACAGCUAUCCCCCUCCAGAUGUUGCAAUGGAAUGCAAAGGAAUAAAGCCUCAGGAGACAGAAAAAGAUGCACAAGAAGAGCCAUCUAUUAAUUUACAGCUGUUGGUUGUUAUGGAUGAUUCGGAGAAUCCCCAAAGUUACAUCAACAAUAAUGAUCUGUGUGUACUGAAGCAGGAGGAAGGGCUUUGUCAUAAUUACACCAUAAAGUGGUUCUUUGACAACAAAAAGGGCUGCAGACGAUUCUGGUAUGGUGGCUGCGGAGGAAAUGCAAACAGAUUUGACACACGACAGGACUGUGAAACCGCAUGUGUAAAACAUUCCCUAUUGUAAAAUGCACCAGAAUAUAUUAAGGUGUGUCUGACCAUAAGAUGUGGUGAAACAUUGCAUCAGGUUAAUUAAAAUCUUUUGUGUGAGUUGUUAGUAGAGAAGCAUGUUCAGUUGUAACAGACACUGUUGAACUGGUUUCAGAGCUAUAUUGUCUGCUCACAUCAAUUCUGAAAGGGGAAAUUCCCAUCUUCUAUGUAUGCAUAGUUGCAAGCCUGUACAUACUUACAUACAGCUGUAUAAGUAUAAAAUUGUGAUGCUGGAGCUUUUGACAUUGAGGCAAAAAUCAUGAUUAUUUGCAUUGUGACUGUUUACACUGUAGUUGCUACAUGGUGCAAACAUUAUCAGACCAUUCUUUUCAAGUUCCACUAACACCAACUGCUUGCUUGGAUUAUAGUCUCAAUUAUCAUUAACUUGUAGGCAUUUUUGACAAAUAUUUGUCUCAGGCAAAACAUUCAAUUACUUGAAAUGAAAGAUAUAUGUGGAAGAACAUACAAAGCGCAGAACAAGUGUAUGAUUGAUAAUAAUCUCGGAUCUCUUACCUAUUAAGAGCUUGAACAAUACUUAUUUCACUUAUAAACUAUAGAACAGCUUUCAUGUGUUUUAGUGUGCAACAAGAAACAAAAUCAUGAACCUUAACUCCCAAGCAGGAAGAGUGAUAGCGGAAGUCCUCAAGAAGAGGUGCAUAGAUGUCUAUGCAAAGUUAACCUGUAUCUGUUCAAUCCA